UCUGGAGGGUGGGAGUUUAUAGAAAACGCGAUGUCUCAACAGGCGAACACGCCUUUCUUCUGCAACUAGCAGGACAAGAAAAAGAUACCAGGCUCCUUGUGCUGGUGCUGUGCAGAUCAGCACCCCGGAGUCCAGAAGCCAGCUUCUGAGGAAGCUGGAGCAUCCCAACCCAGAUGGGACCUCACCAUCGGAUGGAUGGAAGAGCAACAACUGCUUGCAAACUGCUCAUAUUAUUCACUGCGUGCCUGAUGCAGGGCAGUUGCCAAGGGUGUGAGCGGGGACAGUUCCGCUGCGGCGACGGUCGCUGCAUUCCUGCAGACUGGAGGUGUGAUGGGGCCAGAGACUGCUCGGAUGAUACAGAUGAAGCUGGCUGCCCACAACCUACCUGUGAAGGAAAUCAAUUUCAGUGUCAGACUGAUGGGGAAUGUAUUCCACAGUCAUGGGUUUGUGAUGAUGAGGAGGAUUGUGACGAUGGCUCUGAUGAACAUCAACAAUGUCCGGGGAGGACGUGCUCAAGUCAGCAGUUCACGUGCUCCAAUGGCCAGUGCAUCCCCAGCGCGUACCGGUGCGAUCGAGUGGAGGACUGCACCGAUGGAACAGAUGAAAGAGUCUGCCACUACCCAAGAUGUGAACAGUUAUCAUGUGCAAAUGGAGCAUGUUUUAAUGCAAGCCAGCGAUGUGAUGGCAAAGUUGAUUGCAGAGAUUCUUCUGAUGAAGCUAAUUGCACACAUGGAUGUGCCAGUACACAGUUCCAGUGUGCUAAUGGAGAGUGCAUCCCGCAAGCCUUUCUCUGUGACCAUGAUGAUGACUGUGGAGACAGGAGUGAUGAAAACUCUUGCACUUAUGCAACUUGCAGAGGCAACUUCUUCACUUGCCCAAGUGGCCGUUGCAUUCAUCAGAGCUGGAUUUGUGAUGGAGACGAUGAUUGUGAAGACAACGAAGAUGAAAGAGGAUGUGAAAGUGGUCACCGUGAAUGCUACCCCGGAGAGUGGGCCUGCCCUGGAUCAGGGCAUUGCAUUCCAAUUGGGAAAGUCUGUGAUGGAGCUGCAGACUGCCCUGAAGGAGAAGAUGAAACUAACAUCACUGCAGGCAGACACUGCAACGUAUCACGCUGCGCUGUGCUGAGCUGCCAGUAUCGCUGUCAUUCCUCUCCAUCAGGAGGGAUGUGCUAUUGCCCGGCAGGGUAUACAGUCAGCAGCAAUGACAGUCGUACUUGUGUUGAUUUCGAUGACUGUCAGAUGUGGGGUGUCUGUGACCAGCUGUGUGAAGAUCGUGUGGGACAUCACCAGUGCCACUGUGUUGAAGGUUAUAUUCUAGAGCAUCACCGGCAUUGUCGGGCCAACACUUCAGCUGGUGUUGCAUCGAUUAUUUUUUCCAAUGGCCGUGAUUUACUGAUUGGAGAUCUUUAUGGAAGAAAUUUUCGUACUUUGGUGCAGUCACAGAAUCGUGGGAUUGCAGUUGGAGUGGACUUUCACUUUUACCUGCACAGAAUCUUUUGGACUGACACAGUGCAAGAUAAGGUUUUUUCUAUUAAUAUUGAUGGCUCUGAUUUCCAAGAAGUUUUAAAUAUUUCAGUUGACACACCUGAAAAUCUAGCAGUGGAUUGGAUUAACAAUAAACUCUAUGUGGUUGAGACCAGUGUGAACAGAAUAGAUAUGGUUAAUUUGGAUGGAACAAACCGUGUGACUCUUAUUGCUGAAAAUCUUGGAAAUCCUAGAGGAAUAGCACUUGAUCCAACUGUUGGUUAUUUGUUUUUCUCAGACUGGGACAGUCUGUCUGGUGAUCCUAAAGUGGAGAGGGCCUUCAUGGAUGGUACAAAUCGUCAGGAUUUGAUAAAAACAAAAUUAGGCUGGCCUGCUGGGAUAACCUUGGAUAUUGUGUCAAAGAGGCUUUACUGGGUUGACAGCCGGUUUGAUUACAUUGAGACUGUAACUUAUGAUGGACUUCAAAGGAGAACAGUAGCUCAUGGAGGCUCACUGAUUCCUCAUCCAUAUGGAAUCACUUUAUUUGAACACAAUGUUUAUUUCACUGAUUGGACCAAAAUGGCAGUGGUGAAAGCUAACAAGUUUUCGGAGUCUAACCCUCAAGUGAUCUACCACUCUUCUCUGAGACCUUAUGGAGUGACAGUUUACCACGCUGCCAGGCAGCCAUUUGUAAGAAAUCCUUGUGGAAGUAAUAAUGGGGGAUGUGAACAGGUCUGUGUUCUCAGCCACAAAACUGAUAAUGAUGGCCUAGGUUAUCGCUGUAGGUGUAUCCUGGGCUUUGACCUACACGUGGAUGGACGCCAUUGUGUUGCUGUGCGACAGUUUCUGCUGUUUUCAUCCCAGAUGGCAGUGCGGGGAAUCCCAUUCAAUCUCUCCACCCAGGAAGAUGUGAUCAUACCUGUAACAGGGAGCCCUUCAUACUUUGUUGGAAUUGACUUCAGUGCUCAGGAUGACACAAUUUUUUUUUCAGACACAAGUAAAGACAUGAUCUAUAAACAAAAAACUGAUGGUUCAGGAAGAGAGAUCUUGACUGCUAAUAGAGUGGAAAGUGUUGAAGAUCUAGCUUUUGACUGGAUCUCAAAGAACCUCUACUGGACAGAUCCUCGAUACAGGAGCAUUAGUGUGAUGAGGCUGGCAGAUAAAUCCAGGAGAGCUAUUGUUCAGAAUUUAAAUAACCCUCGUUCAAUAGUGGUUCAUCCUGUUAUUGGGUAUAUAUUCUGGACAGAUUGGUUCCGUCCAGCAAAAAUCAUGAGGGCCUGGAGUGAUGGAUCCCAUGCCUUGCCAAUUGUCAAUACAACGCUGGGCUGGCCUAAUGGCCUCGCCAUUGACUGGAGUUCUCUGAGGUUGUACUGGGUGGAUGCUUUUUUUGAUAAAAUUGAGCACAGCACUUUUGAUGGGCUCGACAGACGGACUCUUGAACAUAUUACUCAGAUGACUCACCCAUUUGGCCUUACAAUUUUUGGAGGUUAUGCCUAUUUCACUGAUUGGAGACUUGGUGGAAUAGUUCGAGUAAGGAAGUCUGAUGGAGGAGAAAUGACUAUUAUUAGGAGGGGCAUUAGUAACAUUAUGCAUGUUAAGGCAUACGACGCUCAUUCCCAAAUAGGCUCUAACUACUGUAAUAGAGGAACAAAUCCCAAUGGAGACUGCAGCCAUUUCUGCUUCCCCGUGCCAAACUUUCAGAGAGUUUGUGGGUGUCCUUAUGGCAUGAAGCUGGCUCCAAAUCAACUGGCAUGUGUUGAAGAUCCAUCCAAUGAGCCACCCACUUUGCAGUGUGGCUCUUACUCAUUUUCCUGUGGUAAUGGAAGAUGUGUGCCUCGAUACUAUCAGUGUGAUGGUGUUGAUGAUUGCCAUGAUAACAGUGAUGAACAAAACUGUGGUUCUUUAAACAAUACUUGUGCUUCUUCAGCUUUUACCUGUGCCAACGGACAGUGUAUUCCAGGUCACUGGCACUGUGAUACACAUAAUGACUGUUUUGAUGGCAGUGAUGAAUUGCAUUGUCCUACACAAGGAUCCUCUUCAUGCCCUGCAACCCACUUCACCUGUGAUAAUAGAAGAUGUAUUCCAAGAAUCUGGCUAUGUGAUACUGAUAAUGACUGUGGUGAUGGCUCAGAUGAAAAAAACUGCACUUUCACAGGUACUUGUGAGCCCAGGCAAUUCCAGUGUCCAGACCAUCGCUGUAUUGACCCAUUCUAUGUCUGCGAUGGAGACAAAGAUUGUAUAGAUGGUGCUGAUGAGCAUGACUGCAUAUAUAACUGCAGUGCCACAGAGUUUAAAUGUCUAAGUGGAGACCAGUGUAUCAGCACCUACUACCAGUGUGAUGGUGUCUUUGACUGUAACGAUCACUCAGACGAGGCUGAUUGCCCUACAAGACCACCAGGGAUGUGCCACCAGAAUGAAUUCCAGUGUCAAUCAGAUGGCAGUUGUGUUCCUCAUAACUGGGAAUGUGAUGGCCACGUUGAUUGUGCAGAUGGCUCAGAUGAACAUCACAGGUGUCCUGCCAGAACAUGUCCUCCAUCGCUUUUCCGCUGUGAUAAUGGCAAUUGUGUGUAUCGAGCGUGGAUCUGUGAUGGUGAUAAUGACUGCAGGGACAUGAGCGAUGAGAGAGAUUGUCCAACUCAACCUUUCCGGUGCCCCAGCUGGCAAUGGCAGUGUCCAGGUCACAGUAUCUGUGUGAAUCUCAGCAAAGUAUGUGAUAAUUCUGCUGAUUGUCCUAAUGGAGCUGAUGAAUCCCCGUUGUGCAAUGAACCCCAGCCAGAUCAGGAAAGCUGCUCUGACAAUAAUGCUGGCUGCACUCAUGAAUGUAUUCAAGGACCUUUUGGAGCUCAGUGUACCUGUCCUAUUGGAUACCAGCUUGCAAAUGACACCAAGACCUGUGAAGAUAUUAAUGAAUGUGACCCUCCAGGCUUUUGUAGUCAGCACUGUUACAAUGAGAGAGGAUCUUUUAGGUGUUAUUGUGAUGAAGGAUAUAUUCUAGAAGCCAAUGGGAGGACUUGUAAAGUAGCAGAAUCUGGGAAUCUUCUUUUGCUGGUGGCAAGUCGUAACCAAAUUGUUGUGGAUAACAUCACUUCUCAGUCACACAGUAUUUAUUCUCUGGUUCGGGAUGGGACAAAUAUUGUGGCUAUUGAUUUUGAUUCAGUCACAGAUCGUAUCUUUUGGUCUGAUACAACACAGGAUAAAAUUUGGAGUUCUUACCAAAAUGGGACUGACCGAAAAAUAGUGUUUGACAGCGGUGUCACUGUGACUGAAAGUAUAGCAGUAGAUUGGGUGGGCCGUAACCUUUACUGGACAGACUUUGUUCUGGAAACAAUUGAAGUCUCCAAAAUGGAUGGGAGCCACAGGACAGUGCUGAUCAGUGAAAAUAUAACAAACCCAAGAGGACUCGUGUUAGAUCCCAGAACUGAUGCUCAUGUAAUGUUCUGGACGGACUGGGGCCAAAACCCUCGAAUUGAAAAAGCCAGCAUGGAUGGCAAUAUGCGCACAGUGAUUAUUAAUAAUAAAAUCUACUGGCCCAAUGGACUUUCCAUUGAUUAUCCAAAUAAACUUCUCUAUUUUGCGGAUGCUUAUCUUGAUUAUAUCGAUUUCUGUGAUUACAAUGGAAACAACAGACGACAGGUGGUUGCAAGUGAUCUGAUAUUGCAGCAUCCACAUGGUCUAACUGUCUUUGAAGAUUUUGUGUACUGGAGUGACCGCUAUACUAAUCGAGUAAUUCGGGCCAAUAAAUGGCAUGGAGGAAACCAGACAGUUAUGAUUUAUAACAUUCACCAACCCUUGGGUCUUGUGGCAGUCCAUCCUGUAAAGCAGCCUCAUGGUAUUAAUUCCUGUGCAUCAUCCCCCUGUAGCCACCUCUGCUUACUUUCUUCAUCUGGACCACUUUUUUUUUCUUGUGCUUGCCCUUCAGGAUGGAUCCUUUCUCCUGAUAACAGGAACUGCAUGAGAGUUGAACACCCUUUCCUUAUUGCUGUAAGAGAUAAUAUAAUUUAUGGAAUUUCUCUGAACCCUGAGGAGAAGACAAAUGAUGCUAUGGUUCCAAUAGCAGGAGUUCAAAAUGGCGUUGAUGUUGACUUUGAUGACUCUGAACAGAUGAUUUAUUGGGUUGAAAAUCCAGGUGAAAUUCACAGAGUGAGGUCAGAUGGAGCCAACAGGACAGUUUUUGCUCCAGCAGCUGUUAUUGGUGCUCCUGUUGGUCUGGCACUAGACUGGAUAUCUGCAAACCUGUAUUACAGUAACCCAGGGACACAGUCAAUUGAGGUCCUGAAGCUGAAUGGUGACAUAAUGUACAGGAAAACACUGAUUACCAAUGAUGGCACCUCUCUGGGAGCUGGCACACCAAUUGGCUUGGCAGUUGAUCCAGCAAGAGGGAAGUUGUACUGGACAGACCAGGGAACUGACAGUGGAGUCCCAGCAAAGAUUGCCAGUGCAAACAUGGAUGGCUCAGGCAUACAAACCCUCUUCACUGGCAACCUGGACCAUGUAGAAUUCCUUACCAUUGACAUUAAGGAACAAAAGUUGUACUGGGCUGUUACAAGUACAGGAAUGAUUGAGAGAGGCAAUAUGGAUGGUACAAAUCGUGUGACUCUGGUGGUUCAUCUUUCUCAUCCCUGGGGAGUUGCUGUGUACGGUACCUUUCUGUACUAUACUGAUCGAGAUUAUGAAGUAAUUGAACGAGUUGACAAGGCCACUGGUGCAAACAAAGUAGUACUGAGAGAUAAUGUCCCAAGACUGAAGAGCCUGCGUGUGUAUUACAGAGACAAUUCUGCUGGUUCCACAAAUGGCUGCAGUAAUAAUAUUGGAGUUUGCCAGCAGCUUUGCCUGCCUGUACCUGGUGGAUUAUUCACCUGUGCCUGUGCUACUGGCUUUCAGCUAAAUCCUGACAACAGAACCUGUUCCCCAUACAGUUCAUUUGUAGUUGUUUCUAUGCUCUCUGCAAUUAAAGGAUUUAGUUUAGAGACAUCAGAUCACUCUGAAGCCAUGGUACCACUGGCAGGAAGAGGACGAAAUGCACUUCAUGUGGAUGUUCACAUGCCUUCUGGUUUCAUUUACUGGUGUGACUUCAGUAGCACAGUUUCUUCUCAGAAUGCAAUACGUAAAAUUAAACCUGAUGGUUCUUAUUUUAGAAAUGUUGUUACAAAUGGAAUAGGACGAAAUGGGAUCCGUGGCAUUGCAAUUGACUGGGUAGCAGGAAAUCUCUAUUUUACAAAUGCCUUCCUGACAGAGACUUUUAUAGAAGUUUUGCGUUUAAACACAACUUAUCGCCGUGUGCUUCUGAAAACUACCAUAGACAUGCCAAGACACAUAGUAGUUGACCCAAAAAACAGAUAUCUCUUCUGGGCAGAUUAUGGGCAAAAUCCGAAGAUCGAACGCGCUUUUCUUGACUGCACCAACAGAACAGUUCUUGUGUCUGAGGGCAUUGUCACACCUCGUGGGUUAGCCAUAGAUCACAGCAAUGGUUACAUUUACUGGGUGGAUGAUUCCUUAGAUAUGAUUGCAAGAAUUCAGCCUGAUGGUGGUGAUGUUGAAAUAGUACGUUAUGGCAGUCGCUAUCCAACUCCGUAUGGUAUCACUAUCUUCGGCAACUCCAUGAUCUGGGUGGAUCGAAACCUGAAAAAAAUCUUUCAAGCCAGCAAGCAGCCAGGCAAUACUGAUCAGCCAACAGUAAUAAGAGAUAACAUUAAUUGGCUAAGGGAUGUUACAAUUUACAACAGUAAUUUUCAGUCACGUUCUCCCCUUGAUGUCAACAGCAAUCCUUGUUUGGACAACAAUGGAGGUUGUUCUCACCUCUGUUUUGCCCUCCCUGACAUUCAGACACCGAAAUGUGGUUGUGCCUUUGGAACACUAGGCAGUGAUGGCAAGAGAUGUUCCAUUUCAACAGAUGAUUACCUGAUUUUUGCUCUUGAAAAUGCCCUCAGAAGUAUCCACCUAGAUCCUGAAAACCACAGUCCUCCCUUCCGCACAGUCAGUGUGUUAAGAACUGCUGUGGCCCUGGAUUUUGACAGCAUAAACAACCGAAUUUAUUUUACACAAAGUUAUCCUUCAGGAACAGGAAGAAUCAGUUAUGUUAGUAUUUACUCAGGACUUAGCUCUCCAACUGUAGUUGCAUCUGACCUGGGGACUCCGGAUGGCAUAGCCUUUGACUGGAUCAACAACAGAAUUUACUACAGUGACUACCUCAAUCAGACCAUCAGCUCAAUGGCUGAAGAUGGAUCAAACCGCACCGUGAUCGCCCGGGUGCCACGGCCGAGAGCCAUUGUAUUAGAUCCCUGCAGAGGGUAUAUGUACUGGACUGACUGGAGUUCAAAUGCAAAGAUUGAACGAGCUACACUUGGAGGAAACUUCAGAACACCCAUUGUGAGCACAAACUUGGUAUGGCCAAAUGGACUCACCCUGGACUAUGAAGAACAGCAGCUGUACUGGGCUGAUGCAAAUCUGCAGAAGAUUGAGAGAUGCACUCUCACUGGUACAAAUCGUGAGGUGAUUGUUAGCACUGCUCUGCAUCCAUUUGCAAUGACAGUGUUCGAUCAGCACAUAUAUUGGACAGACUGGAACACACGAAGCAUUUAUAGAGCUAAUAAGUAUGAUGGUUCAGAUCAGAUUGUGAUGAUCAUGAAUCUUCCACAAAGACCAAUGGAUAUUCAUGUCUGGGCAAAAAGUAAGCAGCAGCAGUGUGUGAACCCUUGCAACCAGUUCAAUGGUGGCUGCAGUCACAUCUGUGCACCAGGUCCAGCUGGUGCAGAAUGUCAGUGCCCCUCUGAAGGUCGCUGGUAUUUAGCCAAUAACAACAAGCACUGUAUUGUGGAUAAUGGUACCAGGUGUGAUACUGGUUUCUUCACAUGCCUUAAUGGACAUUGUAUCUCUGAGCGGUGGAAGUGUGACAAUGACAAUGAUUGUGGCGAUGGCAGUGAUGAGUUGGAAAGUGUGUGUGCUUUCCAUACUUGUCAGCCAACAGCUUUCACCUGUGGCAAUGGGCGAUGCGUACCCUAUCAUUACCGCUGUGAUCACUACAAUGACUGUGGAGAUAACAGUGAUGAGCUUGGCUGCUUGUUCCGAACCUGUGACUCCCACACAGAAUUUACUUGCAAUAAUGGAAGGUGUAUAUCCCUUCAGUAUGUCUGCAAUGGAGUAAACAACUGUUAUGACAAUGGCACAUCAGAUGAGAGGAAUUGUCCGGAGCGUACGUGCCAGUCUGGUUUUACAAAAUGUCAAAGCACAAAUAUUUGCAUUCCUCGAACGUACUUGUGUGAUGGUGAUAAUGACUGUGGAGAUAUGAGUGAUGAGAGUCCUACUCACUGUGUCUCUCUGACUUGCACAAAUAGUGAGUUUCGUUGUACAUCGGGACGUUGUAUUCCUGCUCAUUGGUACUGUGAUCAAGGGAUAGACUGUGCUGAUGGCUCUGAUGAACCUGCCUCUUGUGUGCCCCAAAUGCGGACUUGUUCGAAUGACCAGUUCAGAUGUGAUGAUGGCAGAUGUAUCCCAGCAACGUGGAUCUGUGAUGGUGAUAAUGACUGUGGGGAUAUGAGCGAUGAGGAUCAAAGACAUAAUUGUGCAAAUCGCAAUUGCACAGCAGCAGAGUUCACUUGUGCCAACAACCGACCCCCGCUCAGGAGGUGCAUUCCUCGGGCAUGGGUCUGUGAUGGUGAUGCUGACUGCAGUGAUGCUCUUGAUGAACACCAGAACUGCACACGAAGAUCUUGCACAGAAAAUGAAUUUACCUGUAGUAAUGGCUUGUGCAUCCGCAACACAUACAGGUGUGAUAGGCGGAAUGACUGUGGUGACAGCAGUGAUGAAAGAGGAUGCAUCUAUGAACCAUGUCAACAGCACCAGUUUACUUGUCAGAAUGGGCGCUGCAUUUCCAAAGCCUACAUCUGUGAUGGGGAUAAUGACUGUGGUGAUGAAUCUGAUGAGCUGGAACAUCUCUGUAGUACACCAGAAGCAACCUGCUCUCCCCAUCAUUUUAAAUGUGACAAUGGAAACUGCAUUGAGCUGGUUAAAGUCUGCAAUCGGUUGGAUGAUUGCUUAGAUAACAGUGAUGAAAAAGGAUGUGGUGUAAAUGAAUGCAGUGACCCUUCAAUCAGUGGAUGUGAUCAUGACUGUACAGACACACAGACAAGUUUCUACUGUACUUGUCAUCCCGGAUACAAACUUAUGUCUGAUAAACGGACUUGUGAUGAUAUUGAUGAGUGCAAUGAAACUCCAUCAGUAUGUAGCCAGAUUUGUGAGAACACAGCUGGCUCCUACAUCUGUAAGUGUGCCCCAGGCUAUAUCCGGGAGCCUGAUGGAAAAAGUUGCCGUCAAAAUAGUAAUAUCUCCCCAUACCUUAUUUUUAGCAACCGUUACUAUCUGAGAAAUCUCACAGCAGAUGGCCAGUCUUACUCUCUCAUUUUGCAAGGACUGAGAAAUGUGGUGGCACUGGACUUUGACAGGGUGGAAAAGAGGUUAUACUGGAUUGAUGUGGGGAGGAAUGUCAUUGAACGUAUGUUCCUAAAUGGGACAAAUAAGGAGACAGUGAUAAGUGAUGAUGUGCCCAACGGGGAAGGUAUCGCUGUUGACUGGGUUGGCAGAAAAUUGUACUGGGUGGAUGCCUACCGAGAUUGUCUCUACGUCUCUGAACUUGAUGGAAGAUUCCGGAAAAAACUGGUGGAUCGGUGUGUGGAUGCCAACAAUACUUUCUGUUUUCAGUAUCCCAGAGCAAUUGUUGUUCAUCCAAAAUAUGGACAGAUUUAUUGGACAGACUGGGCAGAUCGAGCUUAUAUUGGACGAGCUGGCAUGGAUGGCAAGGAGAAGACUGUAAUCAUCUCUACAAAGUUAGAGUGGCCCAAUGGACUUACCAUAGAUUACACCAAUGACAAGCUAUACUGGACAGAUGCCCAUCUAAAUUAUAUUGAGUACUCUGACCUGGAUGGACAUCAUCGUCACACAGUAUAUGAUGGGACUCUACCUCAUCCAUUUGCAAUAACAAUUUUUGAAGACACAAUAUAUUGGACUGACUGGAACACAAGGACAGUUGAAAAAGGAAAUAAAUAUGAUGGAUCAGAAAGGACUGUUCUUGUGAAUACCACGCACAGACCAUUUGACAUCCAUGUUUACCAUCCAUACAGACAACCAUUUGUUAAUAAUCCCUGUGGCACAAAUAAUGGUGGUUGUUCCCAUCUUUGCCUAAUAAAAGCUGGUGGUCAGGGGUUUUCCUGUGAAUGUCCCGAUAACUUCAUGGUCAUACAGUUCGGCAAUACAGCCCACUGCCUUCCAAUGUGCUCUAGCACCCAGUUUCUCUGUGCAGACACUGAGAGGUGUAUUCCCAUCUGGUGGAAAUGUGAUGGGCAGAGGGACUGUCGAGAUGGCUCUGAUGAGCCCCCAACCUGUCCGCACCGGUACUGUCCUGUGGGGCAGUUCCAGUGUAAUGAUGGGAACUGCACAAGUUCACAUUUCUUAUGCAAUACCCAGCCGGAUUGCCAUGACAGAUCAGAUGAAGAUCCUGUACUUUGUGCUAAUCACCAGUGUGAAACUCAUCAGUGGCAGUGUGCCAACAAACGAUGUAUCCCAGAAGCCUGGCAGUGUGAUAGAGAGGAUGACUGUGGUGACAACUCGGAUGAAGAUAGUGCUCACUGUGCCAGUAGGACCUGUCCCCCAGGCCAAUUUAAAUGUGACAAUGGCCGCUGUAUCCCACAGUCCUGGAAGUGUGAUGUGGAUGAUGAUUGUGGUGAUAACUCUGAUGAGCCAUUCCAUGAAUGCAUGGGACCUGCUUAUCGAUGUGACAAUCACACGCAGUUCAGCUGUAGAACCAACUACCGUUGUGUGCCAUUGUGGGCAGUGUGCAAUGGCAAUGAUGACUGUAGAGACAACAGUGAUGAACAAGGCUGUGAGGAGAUGACUUGCAGUCCUUCUGGAGAUUUCCGCUGUGACAAUCAUCGAUGUAUCCCGCUGCGCUGGAAGUGUGAUGGAGAUAAUGACUGUGGAGACAACUCUGAUGAGCAUAACUGCAGUCCUCGUGAGUGCACAGAAAGUGAAUACCGUUGUGACAAUCUGCGCUGCAUCCCUUCCCGGUGGAUCUGCGACCACGAUGACGACUGUGAAGACAAUUCAGAUGAACGUGACUGUGAGCUAAGAACCUGCCACCCAGGUUAUUUCCAGUGUGAUAGUGGACACUGUGUUGCAGAGCGCUUCAGAUGUGAUGGAAAUGCAGACUGCCUUGAUUUCUCUGAUGAAGCAAUUUGCCCAACACGGUAUCCUAAUGGUACAUACUGUCCACCCAUGCUGUUUGAAUGCAAAAACCAUGUCUGUAUUCAGCCAUACUGGAAAUGUGAUGGGGAUAAUGAUUGUGGAGAUGACUCUGAUGAAGAACUUCACCUUUGCUUGGAUAUUGCUUGUGAAUCUCCGUUCCGUUUCCGGUGUGAGAACAAUCGCUGUAUAUACAGUCAUGAGCUGUGCAACCAGGAGGAUGACUGUGGAGAUGGAAGUGACGAGAAAGAGGAGCACUGUAGAGAGCCAACACCAAGACCUUGUAAAACUGAAGAAUUCAAGUGCAGUAAUGGAAAUUGCAUUCCCCUACAUUAUGUCUGUGACAAUUACGAUGACUGUGGAGACCAUUUUGAUGAAAUAGGCUGCAAUCCUGGAACAGAGCGAACUUGUGCAGAAAAUAUCUGUGAACACAACUGUACCAAUCUGAAUGAAGGAGGCUUUAUCUGUUCCUGUAGGCCAGGGUACAAGGCCAGUGAAACUAAUCGCAACUCCUGUGAAGAUAUCAAUGAGUGUGAGAUCUUUGGAACAUGCACCCAGGACUGCAAGAAUUCCAAAGGAAGCUAUGAAUGUUUCUGUGCAGAUGGCUUCAAGUCUGUGGGUGAUCAACAAGGGAAACAGUGUGCAGCUGAUGGUAAUCCUCCACUGUUACUGCUGCCAGAUAAUGUGCGGAUUCGAAGGUACAAUAUCUCAUCAGAGCAGUACUCUGACUAUAUUGAUAACCAGGAGCGCAUCCAAGCUCUGGAUUAUGACUGGGACCCUGAAGGGAUGGGCUUGAGUAUUGUGUACUUCAGCAUUCUGGGACAAGGUUCUGAGUUUGGAGCCAUCAAACGUGCUUAUCUCCCCACAUUUGACAGCAGUAGGAACAAUCCAACAAAGGAAGUUGACUUGAAUCUCAAAUAUAUAGUUAAUCCUGAUGGGUUAGCUGUUGACUGGGUUGGAAGACAUCUUUACUGGACUGAUUCAGGGACUAAUCGCAUAGAGGUGGCAAAAUUAGAUGGACGAUAUAGAAAAUGGCUUAUUUUUUCUCACCUCGAUCAACCAGCAGCUAUUGCUGUCAAUCCAAAACGUGGGCUCAUGUAUUGGACUGACUGGGGAAGGCAACCAAAGAUUGAAUGUGCCUGGAUGGAUGGACAACAGAGACAAAUGCUGGUCUCGGAAGACCUUGGCUGGCCAACUGGACUUUCUAUUGAUUAUUUGAACAAUGAUAGGAUCUAUUGGAGUGAUUCUAAAGAAAACAUAAUUGAAUCCAUGAAACCUGAUGGGACAGACAGAACCGUUGUACUACAUGGAGUAGGCAGUCCAUACAGCCUUGAUGUCUUUGAAGGCCAUUUAUAUUGGAUAGCUAAAGAACGAGGAGAAGUCUGGAAGAAGGAUAAAUUUGGAAGUGGAGAAAAAGUGAAAGUGCUGACCGUAAAUCCAUGGCUUACCCAAGUGCGCAUCUAUCACCAGCACAGAUACAAUCAAUCAGUGCCUAAUCCUUGUAAAGAUGUCUGCAGCCACCUCUGCUUGCUGAGACCAGGAGGAUACACCUGCUCAUGUCCUCAAGGGACUCGGUUCCUAGAAGGCAGCAGCACGGACUGUGAUGCAGCUAUUGAAUCCCCUCCCACAAUGCCACCAGCUUGCAGGUGCAUGAAUGGUGGAACAUGCUAUAUAGAUGAAAGCAGUCUUCCCAAAUGCAAAUGUUCUUAUGGAUACACUGGGAAUUAUUGUGAAAUAGGAUUGUCAAAAGGAGUCCCUCCUGGAACAACAGCAGUAGCAGUGUUGCUGACAGUCAUACUAAUCAUAAUAAUUGGAGUGUUAGCAGUUGGAGGCUUUUUUAACUACAGACGAACAGGCUCCCUUUUACCAGCGCUUCCCAAACUACCAAGUUUAAGCAGUCUUGUAAAAUCUAAUGAAAAUGGCAAUGGGGUAACUUUCCGAUCUGGAGCAGAUGUGACUAUGGACAUAGGAGUCUCUGGCUUUAGGGGAGAUUCUGCUAUAGACAGAGCAAUGCAAAUGAAUGAAAACUUUGCAGUGGAGUCGGGGAAACAACCAAUCACAUUUGAAAAUCCAAUGUAUACAACCAGAGAUAGUGGAGCCAGCUCAGCUGGAGCAGUUACAGUCAUUCGGCCAACACUUGUAGCAGCAGCUGGAAGUGAGGAGAAUGAAAAUUUUGAAAAUCCUGUGUAUUCCUCUGUGAUCUCUACCACAGGAAGGACCAGCCCAAACGAAACCUCUCAAAGUGCAGAUGCACCUCCGGAAUCAAAGUGGAGUUUCUUCAAGAGAAAAAAGAAACAAAACACUAAUUUUGAAAACCCAAUAUAUGCAGAGAUGGAAAAGGAGCAGCAACAGAACACAGAAAAUGUCCCUACCCAUUCUCCUUCACUGCCUCCCGAGAUUAUUCUGAAGAGAGACCAACCAAUAGCUUACACGGCAACAGAGGAUACAUUUAAAGACACCGCCAACCUUGUUAAAGAGGACUCUGUGGUGUAACUAGGUAACUCAUUUAGGGAAAAUUAGACACAUCCAUUUGCACAUAUAUUUUUUAUAAACAGAAGUCUAAGGUUCACAUUCAAAUGCUUUAUAAAAAUAUCUACAUCUCUUAGCCAGUGGCUGGAGACGUACAUUGAAACUAUGCCUUGUUUUUUUGACAAAUGCCAAUUUCUAUUUUUAUGAACAAUUAUCGUGAUGUACUAUAUGUAUAUCUUUGCACUGAAGCUGUCUGAAAGUAAUGUUAUAAAUAUAUUGUACAUUUGUAAAUUUUUCUAAGAUUAUCUUGUUCAGUGAUGUUGCUAGUAGAAAUUUGUAUGGAAUUUGUCAUAUAUUUAGAAUUAAAUUAAUUAUAUAAAUGCUUAAAACUGAAAAAAAAAGAGAACCAAACAAGGCACAUAAAGGAACAUUACUGAUUUACAGGGUCUUUAGAGUGUACCUUAUAUAACAGCACCUUUUGAAAAUUCUGAUGGUGCUCUGGGCAUCUUUGCCACCUAUUUUAUAUAGUACUGUAUAUAAAAAUGGGUAUCUCUUCAUCUUGUGUUAAACAAAAGAUGAAAGAGUCAAUGCAGCAUUAUUAUGCUGAUUAGUUACCUGUGCAAAAUGUUGUUCUUACAAUAUUUUAAUUGCCUGAUGUAAUUUCCUCUUAAUCUAUAAGACACAUACUUUUCCUUUAGGUUCCAAUUAACACAAUUCCAUUAAUAGUGUUCCUAUGAAGACUGGAUAUAUUUAGAUUUUAGUGCCACAACUACUUAAUGAGCUUUUCUCUUGCUCAUCAAUGGAAUACCUCUGUUCUUGGCUGAAGUCUCUGGAACUAAUUUGUACUAUGAAGUAGCUAGGUUUCUGUAACAGUUUAUUUCCAAACAGCAAAAUAUGAAAGAUACUGGUUCAUUUCAGAAAUUCUUCAGGUUUUUUUUAAAUGUGAAAAUUUAAUUUUAUUGACUAUUUAUUUCAUGAGGUGGAUAUUAAUAGAAAGGGAAACAAUUUUUUCUAAUGCAGUCUUUGUGGUUAUCUGGUUGUUCUUCUAACCUUCUAUCAGAAUAUACUGUUAAUAUUUUUAGCACUUUUAUUAAUUAGCCAAGAUAGUUUCUACAACAUGAACCAUUUGAGAAAACUCCAAUUACAGGACCAUGUUCUUCAGCAUUCCAGGCUAGCUACUCAUACAAAAGAUUCCUGAAUUUAUAAUGAUUGAGACUUUUGCUAUUUGAUUGCUUUUGAUUGUUUUAUAUAUAAAUUCUCAAAAUAUAUACUAUUUCUAAUUAGAAUGCUUGUAAUUACAUUGUAACAUACUUUGAUUAGAAAAGACAACUGGAAAAUUAUGCUGCUGAAUAAGUCUAAUAAACAUAUUAUUUUAUCAUAUUCCUAUUCCAUAA